UCGAAAAAGGAGGGGAGACUUCGUACUCCCCCUCCCCACUUUGGCUUCUCCGCAGGGCUGGGCAGGGCCUGGAGCACGUGGUGAGGGAAGGCGAAGCCCAUGUGACCGGCCUCCCUCUCCCCCCGAGCCCCCAGCCGAUCGCCUCUCUUCUGCCCGCCUGCCUUCUCCGCGGUGGGCUCGUAGCGUCAGUCCGACUCCGCUCCCUCGGCAGAAGCGGCCGCCGCCACCACCCCCGCGCCGCUACCCAGCCUGAGCAUCAUGGCUUCUGGAGUAACAGUGAAUGAUGAAGUUAUCAAGGUUUUCAAUGACAUGAAAGUACGGAAAUCUUCAACAGCAGAAGAGAUUAAGAAAAGAAAGAAAGCAGUUCUUUUCUGUUUAAGCGCUGACAAAAGGCAAAUAAUUGUAGAAGAAGCAAAGCAGAUAUUAGUUGGUGACAUUGGUGUCACAGUCGAGGACCCUUAUAUAGCCUUUGUGAAGCUGUUACCACUGAAUGAUUGCAGAUAUGCUUUGUAUGAUGCAACAUAUGAAACAAAGGAAUCUAAAAAGGAAGAUCUGGUAUUUAUAUUCUGGGCCCCAGAAUGUGCCCCUUUAAAAAGCAAGAUGAUCUACGCAAGCUCUAAAGAUGCCAUUAAAAAGAAAUUUACAGGUAUUAAACACGAGUGGCAGGUAAAUGGUUAUGAAGAUAUUAAAGAUCGUUCAACACUGGGAGAGAAACUAGGAGGCAAUGUGGUAGUUUCACUUGAAGGAAAACCCUUAUAAAAGGACAGGCAUGUGCCAUCUGGAGCUUCCAUUUCUGCAGCUCAUUCAGUUGGAAUAAUACUAAUUCCUUUUUUUGCCCCAUCUUCCCAGAUCUCAAAUACCCAAAGGGGAUAUCAUUAACAGUCUACAAAUGACCAUCACUGGACUGUUUUUAAACCUGGUAGUUUUAUGUAGAAUCCAUGGAAUGCCUUCCAUAUAUUCUUAGCCCAAACUGUAGGCAUUCCUUGCAAAUGUGUACAAUGAAUGUGAUAGUUGAUGUGGAUAGUCUAGCCAAGCAAAGAAAAAAGGUUUAAGUUAAUUCAUUGCCUUUAAACUAUUGUCCAAUGAUCAAAUGAGACUCUAUUCAGUUUUACUUUACAGUUGCACUUGAUUGCAAUUUCAUGAGGCUCUUGUGCAUUCAUACACCUCACAUGCCUUUAUAAGCCUAUUUUUUGUGACAUGGCAGCACAUAACAGUAUGCAUUUUAAGCACUUUUUUGUAAUAUGUUUGAUUUCUUCUUCCAUCCCCCUGGAAUGCCAAUUAAGUUAUGGAAUUGUGUCAUCAGUCUGUUGUACUUUGGUCUUCAUUUCUGUUAAAUUAAGUAACUGUAAUUAUGCCUUUUUGUUUUUCCAUGAAAUGUAUGCUACUGAACAGGAGUAGGAAUUGUUUACCAUGCAGGUCUUGCAACCUAAAUAUAUUUUGUAAAGCAUCAUUCAUAAUGGCAAUUUCUGUAUAAAGGAACUGUAAAUGAAACUCUGAUUUUGAAAUCAAAUAUAUAGGCCACACUGCAAUAAAACUGUGGCUUAUUACAGAAUGCCCCCUUGUUUUUAUGGGAAAAUAGACAAAUAUGUUUAACCAUUUUGUACCACUUCCCAUCCCUUCGGUAUAUAUUCAACUUCCAAUUAUUAGUCUAUUAUGUUAUGAUUUUGCUCUUACAAUGAUUUGAAUAAGCAAUCUUCCUCCCCAAACUUCGGGUUACCUUAAUAUAUUUUCAUUAUUAGGGAACAAUUAGGCCAGCAACUUACCCUGUUUCAGAAACUUAUAACAAAAAUUAUUAACUAACAUAGAGCAUUACUUCAGAAUACUUUUCCCAGUUCUAUGUUGGUUUAGUAUUUCAUGUUCUACUUUUUGUCUAGUCAUGGGGCAGCUGUUUUCCAGUUAACUUUUGUACGAAUAGGACUGGAAAGCUUUUGCUGCUACUGAGUCUUGCAUCAGGAACAUAAUUUGGCUAAAAGCCAGACACUACACUCCAUAUAGAGAAUUUGAUCUGCUCUGUAUGAGCAGUCCUCCGUUAGCCAAAGCUAUUUAUGGCAAACACAUGCUUUUGUAUCUUGUCAUCGGUUCUCCACAAAUGGCAAAACUGGACAUGAUUCUACUGGUAUGCAUGAAGGAACUUUGUUAGGCAGCCAGUCGCUGUUGAAGUGUGCAUACCACUAGAAGGAAUGUAUUCAUCAAAGGACAGAAAUUUAAAACGGUUGCAGUUUCUUAACAGAAGAUGGCAGAGAAUACAAAUAAAUUUUAAUCAGAUUUAAAAUUGCUUUAACUCAUUUUGAGGGAAGAAAUAAAAUAAGUUGAUGACAAAUAUUACUCAGUUCUACAGGUUGUUACUGUGGAACUCCCGACUAUUUCAAGCUUUCAGCUGUCUCCGGUUUAUUGCAAGUGAAAUGUAUAUCUUUUAGAGUACUGGCUGAACUUCAUGGUAGCAUUUAAGCUAUGCACAGUAUUGCUAGAUGGUAACGGUUUUGCAGCAAAAAAAAUCUUUAAAUUAUUUAUAGGAGAUUUUAAAAUAAUUAAGUUUAUGCCAUGUUUCUUGGAUAUAUUACAAUGUGCACUUAAAAAGGUCUGACUGGUAUAAAAACCUACUUUUGUUCAGUUCUUACCUAGGUCUGCAUCACUUCUCUUCUGAAAUUAUAAUGUGCUGAUAGUGUUUUACUAGAGAAAUUUCAAAUGCUUUAAAAUGAGUGUUAAAAUUUUUAAAAUCUAUCUAGAUUGCAACGUUUAUCCCAUCUCCAGCAUAAAACACGGUUUUUAGUUCAUGAAAUCCUCUACAAAUAAUAUACUGCUGUUUGCAUAUUAUGUUGAGCAGAUCUCUGAGACUUCAGAACUGAAUACUGAAGAGAACAUAAACAUUUGACUCAAAUUAUGUAUUCAGUUAAACGUUCACACAAAUUUAUGUAAAAUCAUAACUGAUUUAUGUUCAUCAAGUAUGAAACCCUCCAUAAUAUGUUUAGUUCAAAUUUUGUUUACAACUGAAAAACAGUACUGAGAUUGAUUUCAGUGCUAUAACUAGCUUUUUGAAAUGCUGCUACAAAUCUGUUGCUUGGACAAUAAUACAAAUGAAAGACAGCUGGCAUGUGUUCCACAUGGUUCAUCAGCUGUUGUUUUCUGUCAUGCAAAAAGAUGAAGGCUUCAUUGUGACUUAAAGGUUGAAGAAAACUUCACAAUCUGAGCAUCUUGCAUGCUUCCCAUCACUGAUGGGCAUUGGGAAUUUGCUUCAGUUAUUUUAUGGAUAAAGAAAUGUUAAAUAAAAGUUUUCAUGACUGUA